AUGUAUGUUGGUUUCUCAGCAGCUACGGGAGUCAUUUUUGAAGAGAAUUACAUCCUCUGCUGGAGCUUCAAUACAAACGGAACUGCUGCUUUUCUGAACACAUCUGAUUUUCCAUCCUUCAUACCCAGAGAUAUCAAGAACUCAAACGCCAGACUGACUGCGGGUAUUAUGACAACUUGCGUUGUCCUCCUUCUUGUGGUGGUGGUAGCAUCACUUGUUCGGUUGAAGAGAAAGCAAUAUAGAAAUCUUAUUGAAGAAUGGGAGAUGGAGCAUUGGCCUCACAGGUUUCAGUAUAAGGACCUACAUAUUGCAACAAAGGGCUUUGGAGAGAAGCAACUUUUGGGAUGCGGAGGCUUUAGCCAGGGCUACAAAGGAGUCCUUCCCACAAACGGCCUCCAGGUGGCGGUGAAACGUAUUCUGAGAGAAACAGAUGAUGGGGUUAAGGACUUCAUAGCUGAGAUCUCCAGUCUUGGUCGCCUUUAA